AAUGAAGGAGGCCCACCUCGGCCGGAAGCCAUUUCUCCGUCGCACGUCGCUCGGUGCGACGAUAUCCGGUGCAGCUCAAUUUCCUGGACCGUGGAAAUUCCACUGAGUUUUUAUUUGCCCUCCUGAUUCCUGCGUUCGUGCCGUUUUUAUCUCCAAAUGUUAUCUCUGGCUUUAUUCCGUUCAUCCGUUGCUAUGAUUUGGGAUCUCCUUUUAUAGACGUCGCUAUGUUGCUGGCUGAAGUGAAAUACAAAUAUUUUGACACAAUAACGAAGGUAUUCAGUUGUAACGUCCCGUCGAAGGAAUAUUAAUCAAAUAGUUUUAUUACAUUUUAUUGCUUUCUGAAUUUAUUGGAAGUCUGUUUAUUGCGAUAGCUUAGUAGUUUCAUUUCAAUAACUUUGUACGUCUGGCAUCGUCACUGAAGUUUAAAUGGAAGAACAUUUAUAAAGACAAGCAUGCCUUGGGGGUUCGAAUGCAGAGCAAAGCUUAUAAAGCAGAAUCCAGCGAAGCCCACUCACCGUAAAAACGCGAUAUCUGCAGAGACAAGCACACCUGGACCCGAUUAUUAUGAACCACCAAAAGUAUCCGGUGGGAAAGGUUAUUCGAAGAUUAAACGAUCACCAGCUUACACGUUUGGAUACAAAACAAACGCAUGUAACUUGAAGCCAGCGGCAUCCCUUAACGCGCCUCUUCUGGAUGUGAGGGGAAUUAGUGCAAAAGGUACCCAUAGAAUACCAGGUGGAUUACUCAUCCCGCACAUCGAUCCACCUGGCAGUACAAUGAAGGUACCCGGCCCGGGUUCCUACGACCCAAUGACGCGGCUGCGAACUAAACGCGUGCCCGCGUACAGCAUGCGGCCGGCUGCCAAGCCCCCAUACCAACCCUUCGAUGCGUGGACACCACCACCAAAUAUGUACUGCCCCCCUAUACCUAAAGCAACCGCCCCUUCUUAUACCCUCGGCUACCCGGACAGGACUCUCGCGAAGGCUUACAUUCCCGGGCCGGGCGAACACGAGCCAAAUUACAAGUUCGUCCAAAAGAGCAAACCCGCAUACUCUUUCGGGGCUACCCAUAGAGAACUGCCAGCGUAUAAGACACCGGCGCCCAACACCUACUGCGAGAAAAAGUUCAACAUAAACAGAAGAUCAGUGCCAGCGCCUAGUUUCGGGAUCCGUCAUUCUCCUUUCUUAGGAAAAGAACCGGAAUUCCUGAAGUCUUCUAAACUCGACCUCCGGUUAAGUCAGAUCUAAGAUACUUAUUUUAGUUAUUAGGUAUUUUUAUACAUAUUGUUUUUAAUUUACAUUUUUUUUUUAAUGUGAGAAUGUUCAGCUUCAUUCCAUGAAUAUACAAUUUGACAAAUAA